CAGGAAGCGAAAACUUUCCCAUUGGGGAGAAAAAAUGCGGGGAGUGGAGACGGUGACACGAGCUGGAAAGCUGCCCCUCAUCCCCCUCAUCGCCAUCUUUUAUCUCUCCAAAGCACCGGCUUCAAUUCCUCCCAUCUAUUUCCCUUUGCAUCAAUUCCAUCCUCUCCAUCAUCACCACAAUGUCCGUCACAACAAAAGCCUCAAUCGCCUCCUUUGGCGGCAAGCUCCUCAAGCUCAGCCAUGCCGCCAAAUCCACAAACUGCGAAAUGUCCUUCAACCUGUACCUCCCGCCGCAGGCCUACAAGAGUCCAUCCACCAAGAUCCCUGUGCUGAUCUACCUCUCGGGUCUUACCUGCACGGCGGAUAACUGCUCCGAAAAGGGAUUCUUCCAGCACGGCGCGUCGAAGAAGGGAAUUGCGGUUCUGUACCCGGAUACCAGCCCUCGGGGCCUCGACAUCCCCGGCGAAAACGACAGUUGGGACUUCGGCACAGGGGCCGGCUUCUACGUCGACGCAACCGCCGAGCCCUACAACAAGGGCUACAACAUGUACACGUACGUGACGGAGGAACUCCCCGCGACGGUCUUUGAAGCCUUCCCACAGCUCGACCCCAGCCGCGUCAGUAUCACGGGCCACAGCAUGGGCGGGCACGGGGCGCUCACGCUCUUCCUGCGCAACCCGGGCAAGUACAAGAGCGUUUCGGCGUUUGCGCCCAUCUCGAACCCGAUCAAUUGUCCAUGGGGGCAGAAGGCGUUUAAGGGGUAUUUUAGGGAGGGAGAGGACAAGUGGAAGGAGCAUGAUGCGACGGAGUUGGUGAAGGGGUGGAAAGGGAAGAACGUUGAUAUUUUGAUUGAUGUCGGCACCGGCGACAACUUCUAUAAGCAGGGCCAGCUCCUCCCCGAGAACCUGGAAAAAGCAGCAAAGGAGGCUGGCGUGACGGGGAUCAAUGUCCGGUACCAGCCCGACUACGACCACAGCUACUACACGAUGGCGACGUUUUCGGAUGAUCACGUCGAGCACGCCGCCAAGUACCUCUUUGCCUAGUGGGUUCUGACCCCUCUCUUUCUCUUCCGAGGCGGACGUGGGGGUUCUGAUGUUGGCCAGCGAUCGGCGGGCGAAUCUGUGAUGAUAUGAUAGAACUCAAAAACGAUGUAUCUGCUAUGCAAAUUCAACGGGUAGUGCAAUGUGAUGUGAUGGUGUGCAGGAUGUAUGCAUGUGUCCUCAAUUGGCAGGGGCUAGACUUGAAGAAGUUGUAGACGGUGUCUCGAUCUGGAUACUGACUUGGAUGCAGGUGGCAGGAGGGCCGAAUGGAGGCUGGUCGAGAGAUCCUUCAGGAUCUGAACUGUGAUCCCGUCACACAUGGCGCACUGCGGGGGAAAAGUUGGUCUGGUCGAUAGAUCACAUCACAAGCUUUGACGACAAGAUAUUGGUCGGUCAAAUCGAGGAACGGUCACAUCUCGCGCAACACCACAGCCAGAGUUCUGAAGAAUGUGACUGGCCUUGCAUCCCAC